GACAGUGUUUCCCAUGUGCUAAGCUUGUGUUGUUGACAAACAUGACUACGGCUCUUAUAACUGCACUAAGUGUCCUUACCAAACCUAUUUCAGAGGCCCAUUGGAGAGGCCCACAAACAACCCAACAGGAAGUGCUUGUGUCUGCUCUCCAGAGGAAUCUGGCAGACCUGAAGCGAAUGUUAGAUGACAGAGAGCUGGAGGAGGCCUGUCGUUUACUAGAGAAAGUUAGGAGUGAGACAGAAUGGUUCUGUGGUCACACUGAGGACCCAACCUGGAGCUUUGUACAGGAAUGCCUGCUCCUGCUGCUCUGCUUGGCACGUCAUCUCACCAGGCUGGUAGAGGCUUUUAACCGGGACUCAAGUCCUGCUGUUCUAAACCCCCGUGCUUCAGAGGCAGCUCCACCAUUACCUCCAGAUGUCCUUAGUGUAGCUCAACAGAAGACCCUAGGCACUGUGCUACAGUUUCUUGUCACCCUGGGCCUGUGUCCAUACUUGGUACCAGGGGUGGGGGUGAGUCUGGCACUACGCUCUGUGUUUGGGGUUGCUGUGGAGCAUGCAGUGCGUCGCGAUGUGGCCCCACCAUGUGAACGCAGACUUCUUAUAACCACUACUGUUUUUCUUGAAGUGGCUGCUCUGUCGUCCCUGGCCACUCUGGUCUUUACUCGCCACCUGGGUGACCUGAUGUCAGCGCUAUGCCAGUUAGGGUAUCGGCCUCAUCGGCCUGAAGGAGACAGUGUAGAGAAUAAUAAGGGCCUCACAGUGGAAGAGCGGAAGACGUGCAAACAAGAGCUUAAGAGUCUUUUGGGAAGAGUUUAUCAGCCACUUGUUAUCAAGGAACUGUUGGUUCUUCAAGGGGGCCUCAAGGCAGUUCCCAGCUCUAGGCUGUCUCAGGCGCCAGCCUGGUUGAGGCGUCUUUGUGGCCAGCUGCUCUCUGAGCGGUUGAUGCAGCCACAUGGGGUCCAAGCUGUGGUCAGGGCCAUCCUGGAGGGAUUGGGAGGUGGAGACUCAGAUUGGAGAAAAUGUGAUGCUAUAGCCAAGAUACUGGCGACUUGCCCCCAACAGUCGCUCUCUACUGAGAGUUAUUACAGUCAAGUGUGUCCACAGGUUCUAGGUCUUCUCCAUUUUAAGGAUAAGGUAACGGCACUGCAGUUCCAGCGAGUUGCCACCAGGGUGGUGCUUACCAUGGUGGAGGGUCAGCCUGAGUUUGCCCAGCGCUUCUUACUGUCUCCUCUCCUCUCUCCUCUACAGCAGUGUGCAUCAGUCCCAGAAGCAGAAUGGAUUGGAGGAGAAGAUGUAGUACCUGAGUCUGCGCUGACUUGUUGUGUGGAGGAUGUGUAUAAAAUCUAUGUGGUGGGUAACAGCCCAACAGGAAAGCUGCUAAACGCUCUUGGGGAAGUAAUUCCCACAAUCGUCAGCCUGUAUUGUUAUACCAACCAAAAUGUCUCUCACCUACGCAUCCCAUGUCAGGAGAUCUUGCAGUGGUACCUGUCUCAUGUGGAGCCAUCAGCAGCAGUUUUACUGCUCAAACACCUGUGUGUCAUGCAGGGAGGUGGAGCUAGAGGUGGAGUUGCGCCUGGCUACCAUUUUUCACCUGGCAGUCAAGGAGGCGUCAGGCUCACACGAAAAGACCCAGUCAGUGAUGAGGAUGAUGCUCUGUAUGAGAAAGUGUCAGGGGAUCAGUGGAAAGUAGAGUGUGUUGUGCAGCUCUUGGCUCAAAUGAAGGAUGCAGAUCUGCCUGGAGAAUUCUUACUCUCGCUCCUGCAGGAUCUGACAGACUUGGCAGCAGAGCAGCAGGAGCCUGAGAAGGAUGUAGACACAUCUUCCAUGACGUUGCUGGAGCUGGAGAAACACCUCACAGGGUGUGUGAGUGGCUAUGAUCAGAGGCUGGCUCUCCUACAGACUCUAGCUGUCAUGUGUGAGAUUCUGCCACACACCCAGCUACUGCGUAAGGUUACACAGGUGGUGAGCUUCAUAGAGGCCAUGCUACAGAGGGCAUGUCUGAGUCUGGAACAUGGCUCAGAGAGCUCAGUCGAGAGUCAGACUCUAAGUAUGGGAAUGGGGCUGGUGGCCACGCUGCUGUCUGGAGCUGCACAGCUAUCUCCAGAGGACUACUCCUCUAUGGCCAGGCUGCUGUCACCUCUGAAGCAGAUUUCACAGCAACAUCCAGAGCCGGUGAUCCAGGAGCUGGCAUCAGAUCUGCGGGCUACAAUAGCUACACGAGGAGCUUAUCAUUCAGACUCUGUGACUAAUGCUGCACAAUGCUACAGCCAUAGUGGUUAUGCUCAAACAAAAAAUCAAGGGACAAGCCAGACCAAAGGAAAUCCUGUCAAACCUAGUGGCGCCUCAGACAGCCCAAAAGCUCAUGUUAGUCAGAACAUUGAGAUGCUGCAGCAUGUCGGUCAACAGUCACCUACAAUUCCACCUACCUGCUGUUCAGUCAGUGCACAAUCCACUGCUUCAAUGCCAUCACAUUCUCAAAAUACAGCUUGUCUUGGCACAGUUAGCACAUCUGCAAUAGUGAGGGAGCAAGUCAAGAGUUUUCAGCAUAUAGAUGAAAAAAAAUGUAAAUCAUUUAGACCGAAGUCUGCUGCCAGCAAUCCAGAAAAGGUCUUUUCUGAGUGGCUGAUGGAGGCCUGUGACCCUGAUGUACCAACACGGGCCAUGGCUCUGCGGGCACUCACACAGUGUGUAAAAGAGGGAACCAAGGAGGCAUUACUAGCCCGAGACAAGCUUCUAAUGAUAUUUUUGGAGAACCUGGAGCAUGAAGACUCAUUUGUGUACCUUUCUGCCAUUCAAGGCCUGGUCCUCUUGGCUGACUCAUUUCCUGAGCAGAUCCUGCAGCGGCUGUUGGUAGAAUAUCAGGCCACUCCAAAUGCAGCUUCCUCCAGCAGGGGGCAAUGUCUGGAGACACGCCUCAAGGUGGGGGAGGCACUGAUGCGGGCUAGUAGAUCAAUGGCCUGGUCCUGGGUGUCUCGGUCUGGCACUGUUCCUCACAUCUAACAGAACCUGCUCUCAAAAGAUCCAACAGCUGCUUCACUCCGUCUCCAAAAACACACAUUGUGACUGCCCCCGUCAGCUCCUUUGCACUACACCAGCAACCCAAAACUGUCUCACUGUCUCUAUGCCACUCUUUUAAACUUUGCUGCUUCUGGCAUGAUGCAAUUAAAUAGUAAAAAUUAUCUAAAUAAUUUAUGUCUAUUAACACAAACAUUUCUACAGUAGUUAUUAACAUAAAGAUUAUGGUUGCUAAAUAUCAAAGCCUGAAGGUGCUGCUUCAGAAGUUUCCAUUCUAGUGUCUUGAAAUUAUUUGUUUGAUUAAUUAAUAGGCUCAAACAGAUGCUCAUUCUAAACUUAUCAAUAUUGUAAAGAAACAUUAUUAACAGAGACCCUGUAGAGACUCGUGCUCACUGGACCCACAUACCAAGCAUUUAACCCUGAAUUACAAUUGACUCAUACUAAUCGGGACAAUAGAGGUUUAACUUAAAAGUAGCAGUAAUGCCCCUCAAGUUUUUCUUAAAAAGAAAAGAAAAGAGAAGAACACAAUGCUUAAAAGAAUACAUUUUUCCAAAAAAGUAAUUGCUUUCAAUUUUCCUAAUACCAUUUUAGCCAUUUACUCAUGCAUAAGGUAUGUCAUUAAGUAACUCUCACAUUUUCACACAAGGAUGUAGAGAAAUUGUGGACUCUGUGCUGUGUUUAUUUUCUCAGCGCCUUGGCUUGUGUUGUGUGACUGGGACUCAGAUCUCUAAAGAAAAGUGUCCAUUGCAGAGCUGGUAAAGUAGAGCAGCUCUGUGUAUAGGAAACCAGAAAAUAUGCUGUCACUGAAAACGAGACCACUAAAUAAAACUGCCAUGAACGGCUUUAAGAUAUGAAACAAAUUAAUUAACAAACAAAUUAAAAUGAGGAAAUAUUAGUAACUAAGCAGCAUAAUAUUUUGGGAAGACAGGAUGGACAAGGUUAAAUCUCUGCAAGUUGUAGGGCUAGGUUGUGGUGGAUCAGGAGAUGGAAAAGUAUACUUCUUUUUAGAUUUUGUGUUGAUUUCUAGCUGAUGUGUGUUCAGUGUGUAACAGACUGAGGUGCAGUCCAUGAGGGGUAAAAAUGCCCCUUCAGGAUUACUGUAUACCUAGAAUUUGGCCACUCCACUACAUAAACAAGUGAAAUAGAACUGUCAUGGUAAGAAAAAAGUAUUAUAGUGCUGAUAUCCUCUAGUAAAGAAGAAUAGAAGCCUUUAUUUGUCACAUGUAUAUUACAGCACAGUGAAAUUCUUCCUUUGCAUAGCAGGGAGGGUUAAGUGCCUUGCUCAAGGGCCCAACAGUGGCAGUGACGGUGCUCCCCAGAGCCUUAACCACUUGAGCUACCACUGUCCAAAAGCUUUGUGGUAUAGCAAUAGUAUUCCUGUUGAACAAGAGGAGGCUGAUUCAUGCCUAACAACACAUGAAUAAAGUAGGUCUAUUGCAGGCAUAUUUUUAAAAUGAAAUUUGAUAUACUGAUUCCCCAGUUCAUGGAGUCCAACACCUUAUCUCCCCUAGGAUAGGCUCCAGGCUCCCAGUGACCCUGUGUAGGAUAAACUGCAUAGAAGAUGGAUAUAUGGACGUUCUGAUUUGGCAUGGUCUAAAGACUUUUCACUAAUUUGUGCUCUUUGAACACUCUAGCACCAACAACAGGCUAAAGUUAUGAAUACAAGUUGAACUUCAUCAUUCCAAUUUUGAAAGAGACCUUGAGACAUGAAGUCCCAGGAUUAUGAUAAAAAAAAUGGCCAUUAUACAAAAUUUUUUUUUCUACCUACUAAUAUUUACAAAAUUUUAAUUUUAAUUUUAAUUUUUCAUCUGAUUAAUUCAGAUGAUUUUCAGUCUGGAUGACACAAAAUCUUUACAUUUAUUCUACAGCUGAUAUGAUAAAAGUCAAACAGUUAAUUUAAAAAAAAAAAAAAUAAUUCAUUUGUCUUACAUAACAGCUUUAAUGUGGUCAGGGUUGUGGUGGAACCAGUCAAAAUACAUUACAGCCUUACAUCUCCA